AGAAAAGAAAAGAAAUAAUAAGCUUUUAUUACUUCAUCUUCAAUCAAACCUUGUACUUCACUCAUCAUCUCUUGUUUCUCUUCCAAACCAAAUCCCCCAAAAGUUUUUCCCUUUUGAGGGAAUUGCGAAACACAUCAUAUCCAUCAUGGAGAAUUCAACAAGGUUAUUGCAAGAAAACAUGAACUUCCCAUCAUCAUCUCCUUUAAACUCCCCUCACAGCAAUGGAACCAUCAACAAUGGGUCUGCCCAAAUUCACACCCCACCAUUAACACCAAUCCCAACCAGAUCUGAAACAACCACCUUUGUCCAAGCUGACACAACAACUUUCAAACAAGUUGUCCAAAUGCUCACUGGUACCUCGGAGACUGCUAAACAAGAUCCAUCGUCGCUUUCAAAAUCAUCUUUCCCUGUACCUCCAAUGAAAACCACCCCUCCCAAAAAGCAAAGUUUCAAGCUUUAUGAGAGGAGAAAGAGUAACCUUAAAAACAGCUGCCUGAUGAUCAACACUUUUGUGCCCCCUAAUGUCGGAAGCAACAUCGGUGCCGAGAUCUUGUCUCCAAGCUUGUUGGACCUCCCGAAGCUAACCUUAAGCCCAGUCACGCCAUUAAACGAAGACCAUUUCAACAAGUCUUCGCCUUCUUUAAGGAACUCAUCAUCGGAGGAAGAGAAAGCCAUAGCUGAGAAAGGCUUUUACUUGCACCCAUCGCCUAUGUCAACUCCCAGAGACGCCGAGCCUCAGCUUUUGCCAUUGUUUCCACUCACUUCACCCAGAAUUUGAUUAUCUUUUUAAUGAUUUUGUAAUU